AUGGACAACCGGCGUGUGCUGGGAUCUGAUGGGGACGCGGAGAAGACGAGAAUUGUGUUGCCGACGUCUUUGGAAUCACGAAAUGAAGUUGUUCAUGAUCGGCAUGGAAAGCAGUCGUUUCAAGAAGACCAUCGACAGGGGAAAAAGAGGAAGAUAGAAAGCACUGCUGUUGACAAUGCCAGAGGCUUGAUGGAACCUCGAAAUGUCUCUGCCGCAAGAACCAAUCCCUUGAAUCAGCAACAAGCUGACAUGAACCGACUGAACGAUCUUCUCAGACUGCAGCAAGGGUACCAGCAACAAGAUUCAGCGCAAUCUAGCCCUCAGCUACAGCUACAGAUGCAGCUAUCGCAUCAACAAUCGCUACAGCAACAAGGAGCCACCGAUCGGAAGUCCCAAACUCUCGUUCGUAUGUCUCCAAGUGGUGGUUAUCAGGUGUAUACGGGUACUUUUGGUGGAGCAACGAACAGCGCAUCUCCACUCCCUCAGCCUCGACCGUUGCGUCCGAUGACCGAGAGACCCUUACUGGCUACAAGUUGUGGCAGUCCUCAGUCUUUCCUCCAAGACUCGAAUCAGAGGGACGCUAGCAGUCCACAAGAGCAGAAGGAAUUGCAAGAUCCUUUGCCGUCACAAAUUAGCGGUUUGCAAGAUUUGCGGCGGCAACAGGCGGCGGCCUCCUUGUUGCCGACUCCAAUACUGCCGCAAGACUUUCAGCUUCAACUUUCUGCUUUGAAUAAUCAAUUGCCAAACUCGCUACUCAAUCAUGGAUUUCAGCAAAAUCCACCAUUCGAUGCUCCCUUGUCAAGCAGAAACUAUGCCGCAGCAAUGGAUGCAUUCAGCUCGGCGGCUCUGUUACCUAUUCCUAUGAGAGAGCCGCCAAUGGGAUCCUCGAGUCACCCUGGAAAGAAGCCAGUCACAUUGUACAUACCUUGCGAUGACGAGUCACUUUCACCUUACCAGUGCUUGGUUCGAAAAAACAUUGAACUAUUUGAAGCAGAUAUGCACGACGUAGAAGGAAAUGCGAAAGGGAGAAACAAGCCGAUCGUAUUAGGUCAAGUUGGUAUCCGAUGUAAACACUGUUCCGCCAUCCCUUCCAAAAAUAGGGGUAGGGGGUCCAAGUACUAUCCCGCCAAAUUGAGCGGUCUCUAUCAGGCAGCUCAAGGCAUGGCCAGUGGUCACCUUUGUUCUUUUUGUAAUCAAAUUCCUUCUGCCCUCCGAAACGAGUUGAUGAUACUACGAGAGAAGAAGUCUUCGGCUGGCGGUGGUAAGAAGUAUUGGGCGGAUGGUGUUCGAGUGUUGGGCGUCAUUGAAGACGAACAUGGGUUGAGAUUCAAGAAAAACUGA